AUGGGAGGAGGGAACCAAAUCAAAUCCGUUGCGGUCAUUGGGGCUGGAGCUGCAGGAGCGAUAACGGCGGCAGCUUUGAAGGCUGAAGAAGCGUUUGACGUAAUUCGAGUUUUUGAGAGAAGAGAGAGCGCAGGAGGAACAUGGAUUUACGAUGCUGCAACUCAACCCAGCCUGCUUGGGCGACCAGGAGCAACGCCAGCUGAACUUGACCCUCCUUUGGAAAUUCCAAAAAGCCUGCCUGCUGUCUUACCACCAAAUAAACAGGAGCGAUUCUCCCAGACGCCCAUCUAUGAUGUCUUGACAACAAACGUGCCUGAAAUCGCCAUGUCAUUUUCAGAUUGCCGUUUUGCAUAUGGACCGUUUGCUCCACAUCAUAUUCCUCGCCAAUACAUAGAAAACUACUUUGCGUUACACAAGACGGAUACGUUCUUGGAGCUCAACACCACCGUCGAAGAUGUCUCCAAGAUUCAGCAUCCGUCAAAUGGUUCCAGUCAGUGGAAAUUGACUCUCAGAAAACACGAUGCUCUUCAAGACGCCGAUCUCUGGUGGGAAGAAACAUUCGACGCCGUGAUUCUGGCAAAUGGCCACUACUCUGUGCCAACAAUUCCCAAUGUCAAGGGUCUGAACGAGUACAUUGAAAAAUUCCCUGGCCGCGUGGUCCACUCUAAGACAUAUAGAACGGCCAAAUCAUACAAGUCACAAAAGGUACUUGUGAUUGGCAACUCUGCUUCGGGAACAGACGUAAGCCGGGAGCUGGUCUCGACUGCUCAGCUUCCCGUUUACCAGUCCAGGAGAUCAAAGGCGUGGUGGGAGGGAGAUUCACCAUCCAAGGGGAUUGAGUGGAAGCCUAUUGUAUCCGAAUAUCUACCUUCUGGUAGAAUUCUCUUCGAAGACGGCACUUAUCUGGAUGACAUUGAUACAGUGAUAUACUGUACCGGAUAUAAGCCAUCAUAUCCCUUCUGGGAUGCCAAGAAGAAUGGACAACCGCUGUAUGACGACAAAAAGGGAAAGUUGGUGAAGAGCUACUGGCAUACAUUCUUCCAAGACUUCCCAAACCUGGGCAUCGUGGGACUGCCGCGGGUGUUAACAUUCCGAAGCUUCGAAUAUCAAGCCAUCGCCCUCGCUCGCCUAUUUGCCAAUCGAAACCCAGUCCCGCUUCCGCCGUUAGCCGAACAACAAGCCUGGGAGGACGAAAGAGAGAAAGAGAGGUCCCGGGAACACCGCAAAUUCCACGACAUCACCUGGGAAAAUGGCGAAACUCACGAAUGGCUGCAGGGGUUCUUCAAAUGGUCUGGCUUGGGAACUUUGACUGGGCAGGGGAGAAUUCCGCCGCCGCUCACAAAGGAAAUGAUUUGGGCGAUUGAUAAUCUGAAAAAGUACAAGCCCGAAGGUGAGGAGGAUGCCAGCGAUAUUAGCGACUUUUCGGAGAUUUACGAGUGGAUUGUGUUGGCACAUAGGAAGCGCGAUGUACUUGGAUUCAUUUGA